AUGUCUGUCACCUCUUCCAGUUUAGUUAUGUUCGCCACCUCUUCAGUUGUGCCUUCGAUGAUUACCUCUGCUAUGUCUUCAAUUGUUACGGCUUCUUCAAUAUCAAAUCUCACACCAGAUGAAAAAUGGA